CCAGUUGAAGAUACUCCAUUAGUAUUGACGUGACUCACCUGAAGGCGUCAUAAUGGACAAGAGCAGCAGCGACAGCUUAUGCAAUGAGGACAGAAACCUGCUGCAUGCUAGAGAGAGAGAGAGACGAAUUAGGGAGGCUCAGCAGGAGAAAAACAAGCUCCCUGAGAAGCCUCCCGUCUUUGCAGCACCCUACAAGACUCAUAAAGGAGAUGACUUGUCAAACCAAAUUCGGAACGUGCUGGGCAAUUAUGAGGAUGUCAUGGGGCUCAUCAACUCCAAAACCCAAUGGAAUUUCUUAGGGCUUCAGGAAGUCCUUCCUCCGGUCUCACCUGAAGCACCUCAUUUCCCACACUCCCUUGAUGAAAAUACCAGCCCUACAUCAUCACCUUCAUUCCACGACACAGCCCACCAUCCACCCACUACGGCUGUAAGUGCUCCUCCUGCUCACCGCUCAAGUCCCUGCGAAAAGGCACAAUCAAGGACAAAACCGCAUUCAGGUUUGCACGUGCAGAGCGGCAGCUCAUCCAACGGUCAGAGCCAAAGUCGCAAACGCAGUUGUGGUGACAAGGAAAGUCACGAAGGUCUUCAUCGCAAGGGAAGUGACAGGCGUGCGGCUGGUGAAGGUCGUGCUCAUGAUCUGGACUACUCCAUUUUCUCAUUUUCUUCAUUUCUGACACCUUUGCCUCCUCCACUGGAACCUCUGUCACCUCUGCGUUCCGACCUGCACGUCAGUUCCAAGUCAGAAAAGAGCAGCAAAAGCCAGGAGCUGACCUACAGUCAAAGAAAAUCGUUUCAGGACCUAGUGACAGGAUCAGAGGAAGAGGAAAGUCAGGACGGCUCAGACAUUGACCUGAGCAGCAACACUCGGCCUUCCUCUCGGACGGUUCCUACAGCUUUGCCAUCAAAGCCCAGCGCGAUGCAGCAGAAACCAACUGCCUGUGUGAGACCAAUGGAUGUCCAAGAUCAGGCGCGAGAGGAAUCGCCAGAUCUCAAACCUCUCCUGGAGGAAUACCAUAGAGAGCCCUUUGAAAAGAUCUCAGAUCUGAAGGUGAAUGCCAGAGCCAAACUAUUCAAAUCAGAAAUCCCUUCUGAGCCCGUAAAGCAAACCUUCCGCUGGGAUGCCCAAGCCGUUAAGGAAAUUUUGAAGGAAAUGACCCAGUCAUGGCCACCUCUUCUGACAGAUAUUCCUACUCCUCCUACUGCAGAGCCUUCCAAAUUUCCAUUACCAACAAAGGAGUCGCAGCCUGUUGGAUGUGUAGCACAGAACCAGAGACAGUACGAUGGACCUUCGGAUACGUUGCCUCGUUCUCAGACAACAGUAUCAGUGCUGCUCCAGGAAGACCUGCAAGUCAGUGAUAGCGAAGACAGCGAUGACAACCAAGUUGCUGACAAUCCACUUGCUCCUCCAAGGUACAGCUUUGUUCUUGAACUAACAGCUAGACUAAAUAAGAAGGGAAAAACAAACUACGUCUUAAUAUAUGGGGUGCAUGGUGUCCAACAGUCCCAGGCCAAGACUGUAGCAUCAGCACAUUCCAGCAGCUCGGAGUCAAGGAGCACCAGUGGCUCAGGGAGCACCAGUGACUCAGGGAGCACCAGUGACUCAGACAGCUCUUCAGACUCAGAGACAAGUGGCAGUGAAGCCAAGGAACCUUUGAGAGCGUCAGCGCCUGAGCCUGACCCACCAACUUCCAGUAAGUGGCAGCCUGGCAACUGCCUAACCAAGGUAAGCCCACCCUUCUCCCUCAGUGAACAGACAUACGUGAAAAGACACAGGAAAGCGGUGGACGAAGAGACGAAUAGGAAGAAACUGAAAUCAGAGAAAGAAAAAAAAUCACUGAACUCUUCACCUAAGAAAGACUCCAAGAAACUGAAAGCAUCAAACUCCAAGGCUUCAUAUGAAUACUGGAAGAAAGAUUUUCAACCUCCACCACUGCCACCACUGUGUCCUAUACCUCCUGCACCAAAGUCAACAAAGGUGGCCCAGAAGAGACGCAGAAGCCAGAACGACGAGCUGUCUGCCAUCGACAACACAACCAAGACCGAGAGCAAUAACAAGGAUCCUUUGAUCUGCAAGCACCGCAAAGUGCAGAGUAAUGAAGCUGAACUAUCAAAGGAUAUCAAGGGAUCUGCCGGACACGUCACAAAACUUUUCCCAGUGCCUUCUUUGCCAAAUGGUACCUCCCAGCCAAAGAGACCUCAACUCAAGUUUGAAAGGCAGUAUCCAGCAGAAUACUACGCAGAAGAGGCCAGGAGGCUGAAACACAAAGCUGAUGCAAUGACUGACAAGAUUGCGAAGGCCUUUCAGUACCUAGAAUCUGCCCUUUUCUUCAUCGAGUACGGAAUUGCCUUGGAAGCGAAUGCACAGAAUUUCGCCUACAAAAUAUUCCAGGACACCACAGAUUUCAUCAAAUUCAUCAUGACGCUAAAAUACUGUAUGAGCCCCUCAGCACCUUCACAGGAAGAAAUCUUUACCGUGUUAUGCAUGCGCUGCCUGUCCCUUCUGAACAUGGCCCUGUUCCGUGGCAAAAAAGAGACUGCAGCAAAGUAUUCCAGCAUUCUGAACGACCACUUCAAGGUAGGGCACAGAUUUCCCACAAAAGCACCUUCUCCGUCUGUUGCAAGGAGCACAGGCAUGCCUUCUCCAUCGUUUCCAAUGCCGUCUCCUACCACUUCUCAGCGGGGAGCUGGCAACUGCAGUCGCAACAGUAUGUGCUCUUCAACCACCGUCUCCUCCGAUAUCCCAGACAUCACCUAUUCCUACGUCAACAUCACUUCCUAUGUUCUCUCUGCGCUUAAUAAUUGGGAGCGAGCUGAUGCACUGAUCCUGAAGAAUCAGGAGAAGAUUGCCAGUACAGAGCAGGGUGUGCGGCCUGACGGCACCUCCCAGCAGCCUCAGAUAGGCUACAAGAGCCGUCUCCUACCUGUGCAGGAGAAGGAGCAUGAGUUUUUUGGGGAACUCGGCGCAGCAUCGGAGGAGCUGUCACUGACCAGCAGCUUGAUCAGACUAGUCCGCUAUGUUAGACAGGGUUUACACUGGCUGAGACUGGAAAACAACAUGCCUUAACUGGUGCUCAAGUUACUUAAGUUGGUU